AUGGCUCCUGUUCGUCCUCAGCCCUCGCUGAACCCUACUGUUGAGGAUGUCGAUGAUGGAGCGGGACACGCUGCAAGUUCUGGAGAUAACGCUGUAAAUGAGAAGCAGCUCUCUUGGCCCGAGCAAAAACCGAAAAAUAAUGCAUUCAGCGCAGUUCAGGAUAAAAAUACUUCCUCGCGUUCUGACACACCUUUGUCGACUCCGACAUCAUCAAAUCAAACAUCGUCGUCCCGCUCAAGUCGCUCGAAGGAAAGAAAGAAGCGGCGUGGACAAGACGAAGUGAAUGCUGCUCCUGAUGACGACCUUGCCGGCGCCGGGAUGUCACGCUCGCAAAAGCGUAAAAGGAUCGAUGUGACCUUACCCGGGGAUGACGACAGUGUUCGAAAUGUGACUCCCAUCUCAAUGGAGACGGAAGACAUCUCCGAAGCAGUGCAGCAACGAUUAAAUAUCAAGGAAGAACGUAAGAAACAAAAAGCAAAGCCAGGAAAAAGGAAACGGGACAGUCUUGCGUCGAAUGGAAGCGCCUCUUCUCCUGGGACGACAUCCAAACCUAGAAAGAAAGCCAAGUUUUCCAAGGGGGGUGCCGGUGACGAGGGAACUUCGGGUGCAACAGCAACAGGCAACAGCGUCAAAAGGAUACGUCGUUCGGAUGGCAUCUCAGAUUCGGAUUCGACUACAGCAGCUCUUCGCGGGACGAAGAGGCAGAAGCAAACAUCAGUCCUGUAUACUAACUAG